CUCACGCUACUAUACUGCGGUAUUCUCGUGAUAGCUAGCGAUGACUAGAGAUAGGUAUGAUUUCUUGUUUUAAACUGCCGAACCUAUUUUGUAUUACCAAAGCAGUCUGUCUUGGAUAGGCUAAUAUAAAAGUCAACGUAAGGUGAUUAGAAAGACUGCAUUUCAUUGUACCUUGUAGUUAGCUAUCUGUCUAGUAUGUGGUCAAAUGAAGACCUUAACGCUAACUGCGACUGUCUCGUGAGCACUGGAGACCCCACUUUGGACAAACUGGUGAAUCAGUGGAUUUCCUGGGAUAAGAAUGGUGCAACCCGGGAGCAGAUCAGGAGCCUGGUGCAGGAUGGCUGUAUGGAGGAGCUCAAGAGGAGGCUGUGCUCUAGAAUGACUUUUGGAACCGCUGGGCUCAGAGCAGCCAUGGGAGCUGGCUUCUCCCGUGUUAAUGAUCUCACUGUCAUACAGUCAACACAGGGGAUGUACAUAUACUUGGCCAGAUGUUUCUCAGAUCUGGGUAGCAGAGGCUUGGUGGUUGGCUAUGAUACACGAGCACAGGAAUGCAGUGGCUGUUCCAGUGAAAGGCUUGCAAGAUUAACUGCAGCAGUUAUGCUUUGUAAAGAUAUUCCUGUUUAUCUAUUUUCUACAUAUGUGCCUACCCCAUUUGUGCCAUAUGCUGUAAAGAAGCUUGGAGCUGCAGCAGGAGUAAUGAUUACUGCCUCUCACAACAGAAAAGAAGAUAAUGGAUACAAGGUUUACUGGCAGAAUGGUGCUCAGAUUUCUUCACCACAUGAUAAAGAAAUCCUACGUUGCAUUGAAGGAAAUGCUGAGCCCUGGGCUGAGUCCUGGGCUGAAGACCUGGUAGAGAGCAGCCCACUAAAGAGUGAUCCGUUAGAAGACAUCUGUCGCUGGUAUAUGGAGGAGCUGAGCACCAUCUGUUUCCACAGAGAUCUCAACGCAAGGUCUUCCUUGAGGUUUGUGCAUUCGUCCUUCCAUGGAGUUGGACACAACUAUGUCCAAAAGGCAUUUCAGACUUUUGGGUUCCUGCCUCCCAUCCCUGUACCAGAGCAGAUGAACCCAGAUCCAAACUUCUCAACUGUUAGCUGCCCUAAUCCGGAGGAAGGUGAACCAGUACUGGAGCUGUCCCUUCGCCUUGCUGAGAAAGAGGGAGCGAAGAUCGUGCUGGCCACAGACCCUGAUGCUGAUCGCCUGGCUGUUGCAGAGCAGUGCGAUGAGUGUGGUUGGAAAGUUUUUACUGGCAAUGAACUUGCUGCAUUACUGGGCUGGUGGAUGCUAUUUAAUUGGAAGAAGAUGCAUCCAGACUCAGCAGAGACUGAGAGAGUGUACAUGCUAGCCACCACAGUCUCCUCGAAAAUACUCAAGGCUUUGGCACAAAUAGAGGGCUUCCACUUUGAGGAAACACUACCUGGCUUCAAAUGGAUUGGAAAUAAAAUCCAUGAGUUAGCCAAAACAGGAAAAGAGGUCAUUUUUUCCUUUGAAGAGUCCAUUGGGUUUCUGUGUGGAAGCAUGGUCCUUGACAAAGAUGGAGUUAGUGCUGCUGCGGUUGUUGCUGAGAUGGCAGCCUAUUUGCAUACCAAAAAUGUAACACUUACCCAGCAACUUCAAAACAUCUAUGAAAUUUAUGGCUACCACAUUUCCAGAACCUCUUAUGUUGUCUGUAAUGACCCACCUACUGUAGAGAGAAUAUUUAGCCGCUUACGCAACUUUGAAGGUGAGGGUAUUUACCCAAAGACAUGUGUCGGAUACACCAUUGCACACAUCAGAGAUGUAACUACAGGUUACGACAGCAGUCAACCUGACAAAAAAUGUGUUUUACCAGUGUCCAAAAGCAGUCAAAUGCUUACAUUCACAUUUCAAAAUGGCAUUGUUGCCACUCUUAGGACAAGUGGAACAGAACCCAAAAUCAAGUACUACACAGAGUUCUGUGCACCACCUGGAAAAAGUGAUAUCUCAAUGCUGGAAGAGGAGUUAAUGAAAGUGACCUUAGCUCUGGUGGAGGAGUACCUGGAGCCUGACAAAAACAAUCUGAUUCGCAGAUUCGUUUAGCUGUCUUAGCUAUGACAAUUAAACUUUGUGGGCUUUCAGUUUAAUAUCCUAAAGUCCUAAAUCAUGAAUGUUAUGUCUCACUGUGAAAUGAGAAAUUAAUAAUCUUGUUGCUGCAAAAGGUCUUAAGGUGCAAUUUAAUGCAGAGUAAACAAACAUGCUUAGUUUUGGCUUUAUGUAUCAUGAGCAUUAGUGUCGUGGACUUUUCAUGAAAAAAACAAUGUCUGUUUAUACGAAUAAGCAGCAAAGGUUGGUCCUUGCCUUAGUGUUUUGAUUUUGCCUAGUUAUGGGUAUUUAUUGAUUACUUUCCCUGACUUGGAUCAUAACCUCAUUAGUUUCCUUGACUUGGAACACUUUUUAUGUCCUUGUGGUUGUCACAGAAGAAAAGGUUUGUCACCACUGUCAGAGUGCACUGAGAGUUUCAAUCUAAUGACAAGCUGCGAACAAUAUGUUACACUUAUGAAAUUAAAAUUCCACCCCUGUCAAGUAUCUCAGGUUAACUUUUAAGAGUAUACAGGCAUGACUUGCCUUAAAGUGAGUGCUAUAGUAUUUUUGAAAGCUGUCUGCUAGCAUAAUUUGCCUUAAGAGGUCAGGAAUGUAGAAGCUUGCAUUACUGGGGGUGAAAAAGUAAUUGAAAAUUUCUAGAGCUCACCUGGGUGUAGAGCAAGCCAUCUGGAACUGUAUGCACUGGAUAGGCCACAUAGGGCUAAAGUUAUUUUGGGCCAAACUGUUUGGCGGUAACCAAAAAUGCCGUUGGAGUGUAACAUUAACAUUUGUAAAGUUUGAUAGUAGGGCAUUAUAGAUUGUGGCUAGUCUGCUGCUUUAUAACACUUGAGUACUUAAUUGUUUAACAAGUAUGGAAAAAAAGAAUACCCAGUCCCCUGCUUCAGCUAUAGAGAUUACAUUAAACAUAAUUGGGAACUAUGUAGAUAGUAUAGGGCUAUCUCUGAUACACAACUAAGGAAAAUAUAACAGUAUUUGUUUUUAUUGUAGCAAGAGAGUUAAAUUUGACAUCAGUAAAUUAUUUUUGGUGGCAAUGUGCAAAUAUUGUACCAGAGAGAAAGUGGAGCAUUUAAUUAGUUAUUUACAACAUUUGAUGAAGGGGGGGGGGGACCAAAAUGCAUGCUGCUCUAAUCUUUGGUUUUCUUGUUAGAGAAGACUGAUUUCUUUGUAGCUGGAUUUAAAAAAAUUUUGUAUUGACAUGCGUAUAUAACAGCAAAUGUAACCACCCCUGCCCCUUUAUUACAGUGGAAAUGCACCACUGUUUUCACCUUUAAACAUGUAAGUGCUCUUUCUUGUGUUGUGUGAAUCUUGAUUUGUGGGUUUUUUGUGGGUUCAACUUGCACAGUUGCUCUUAACAAAGGUAGACUCUUGCUGUUAGUCUCCUGAUACAGAAUUGACUCUUGUAUUAUUGAGCUUAUACUUAAUGUCUUAUUUUAUUUUUUAUUUUAUUUUGACAUUUGUCAAUAUUUGCCAGAGAUUUGUCAAUAUUUAUUUAGUGUUUGCUUUACAUUACACUAGGUAUGGCCAGAAUCAGGUAGUUAUUGACCUGGAUUUGAAAGGUCAUAAUGGAAAGCACUCAGUGUGGGAGCUAUAAUGUGGAGCUAGGAACAGAUAAUAUAUUUUAGUUAAGUGACAGGUUUGAAACCCAAAGGAAACAUAUUUUUUUAUGUAAUAUAAGUACAAAUGAAAUAUUUAUUUGUAGUGACAUACCAGAUAUAUUUCAUGUAUUGCAUCUGUUCUCUUUUAGCAAUAAAAAAUGCUUUAGAAA